AUGCCUUUCAACAUCAUAAUUUUGUUACUCUGCUUCAUCGGCUUCCUCCAUUCUUCUUCUGCUCAAGUCAUAGGUCGUAAUUCUCUUCACCCUCAAUGCUCCACCCACCACAAUUUCACCGCCAAUAGCACCUUCGACUUUAACCUCAACACCCUCUUUUCUUCCUUAACUUCCAACGAAACCGCCCACCUCGACUUCUACAACACCACCGUUGACGGCGGUGGCGAGACCAUAUACGGCCUCUUCAUGUGCCGGGGCGACGUCAACCAAGACGCAUGCCACCAGUGCGUCGUUGAGUCAACUGCAGAGUUAGCUUACUAUUGCAGAUUUUCGAAGGCGGCUGUAAACUGGCUUGACCCGUGCUUGGUUCGCUAUUCUCAGCACAACUUCUUCUCCACCGUCGAUAGAAAGCCUAAACUCAAAAUGUUGAACACUAACAAUGUCUCGAACCAGGCAGGAUUCAUGAACGUAUUGAUGACUGUUAUGAACCUGACGGCAGAUGAAGCGGCGAAGCCUGCUUUGAUGAAAAAGAAGUCGGCGACGAAAGCGGUGGUGGUAGAUAUUCAAACUCUGUAUGUGAUGGUUCAGUGCACGCCGGACCUUUCGCCGGGAGAUUGCAGAACGUGUCUGAGUGGUGUGAUCGGGAACCUUCCAUGGUGUUGUGAGGGCAAGAUCGGAGGAAGAGUGGCAUAUCCAAGUUGCUUCGCUCGCUAUGAGCUGUAUAUGUUCUUUAAUUCUUCUACGCCUCUCCGGCCAGUAAGGCUGCCCCCUCCGCCUCCGCCUCCUCCUCCUCCUCCGGCUCCAUUAACUCCUCCAACUCCUUCAGAUGUAAGAAGGAAAAGGAGAUUAAGGACUAUUGUGAUAGCUGUGGCUUCUCCUGUUGGUGCUGUGAUACUUCUAUGUUUCUCCUUCUAUUUGUCGAAGAAUCAAAUAAAGAAGAUACGUAUGGCUUUUCUCAUGCAAAAAUACUUUGGAAGCGAAAGCAACACUUUAGAGCCUCUGCAAUUCAGUUUGGCUACGAUUGAAGCCGCGACAAAUAAGUUUUCACAGGAAAAUUGUUUAGGUCAGGGUGGAUUUGGACAAGUUUACAAGGGCAUUCUUUCAAAUGGUCAAGAAAUAGCUGUAAAAAGACUUUCAAAAAGUUCUGGCCAGGGAGUAGAAGAAUUUAAGAACGAGGUUUUAUUAAUAGCCAGACUCCAGCAUAGAAAUUUGGUGGCCUUGCUAGGAUUUUGCAUAGAAGAGCAAGAGAAAAUUCUCAUUUAUGAAUAUGUUCCCAACAAAAGUCUUGAUUAUUUUCUAUUUGGUUCUCAAAAAAUCAAAGUACUAAAUUGGGAGGAGCGAUGUAAAAUUAUAGGAGGAGUUGCUCGAGGAAUUCUUUACCUUCAUGAUUAUGCUCGAGUUAAGAUUAUACAUCGUGAUCUCAAGCCAAGCAAUAUUUUGUUAGAUAAUGAAAUGAACCCAAAAAUUUCAGAUUUUGGCAUGGCCAGGAUGGUUGGAAUCCAUGAAAUUGAGGAAAGUACAAGUAACAUUGUUGGAACCUAUGGUUAUAUGUCUCCGGAAUAUGCAAUGUUUGGACAAUAUUCUGAAAAAUCAGAUGUUUUUAGCUUUGGAGUAAUAGUAUUAGAAAUGAUCAGUGGAAGGAAGAUCACAAGCUCUCAAGAUCAAUCUCAUGGCCUCCUAAACUAUGCUUGGAAUCAAUGGAACGAAGAAAAGAUAUUAGAUGUAUUGGAUUCAAGUCUAAAUGAACCUGAAUUGUUGAAUGAAGUGGACAAGUGCAUCCAAAUUGGGUUGCUAUGUGUUCAAGAAAAUCCGGAAGCAAGGCCUUCUAUGGCUACAGUUGUUUCAUAUCUUAGCAAUGAUUCAAUUCAAUUGCCAUUUCCACAAGAACCUGCAUUCUUUCUGGAGGGCCAAAUGGAGCUUAAUACCGACAGUAAAGAAUCAAUUAAUGAAAUGUCUAUAAGUGAAUUCUAUCCUCGGUAGUACAAGGCUUUUAUUGCAUCUUGUGCUUGGCCACCGAUGCUCAAUUGGGUACCCUGUCAAUUAGAGAAGAAG